ACAUUGUCCUCUCUUUUAUUUGUCAAUGAAUCAGCACACACAUUUUCGUCAGCCUGUGAUGGAUGUCGCGUCCUUUGGACUUUUGUGUGUGUGUGUGUGUGUGUGUGAAGUUUUGGGUCUGAUGUGAUGGAUUAGGAUUUCGUCCUUGGCAAUGUAGACGAGUUUUGCAUGGGCUUCUCCAAAAUUCUCCAAAACCAUGAGUGAAAUUCAAGGCUCUGACUACCUUCUCAGAGCAGAUGAGAAGUCUUCAUCAUGGAGUCGCCCGGACUCAUCUGCCUCGGGACAGUACACCUACACCAUUCCCAGCCCGACCGAGACGCACAUCAUUACCAGACCAGAGCCUCUCAUGCAGAAGAUCGAUGAAAGGCAGAGACUCGCACGUGAACGGAGGGAGGAGCUGGAGAAGCAGAUUGCUGCACGAGGGUCCAAGUGGUUGGAGAGAGAGGAGAGAGCCCGACAGUUUCAUGAGAGACAGCUGGAGGAGCGCAGGAAAAGGAUGGAGGAGCAGCGGGUGAAAGAGGAGAGGAGACGAGCUGCUGUGGAGGAGAAACGACGGCAGAAACUGGAGGAGGAGAAGGCCCGGUAUGAGGCUGUUAUCAGGAGGACCAUGGAGAGGGGUCAGAGAGCCAGGCCGAAGGCGAACCGCUGGAGCUGGGGCGGAACGCUCUCCGCUAGCACGUCACACAACAGCGGUUUUGAUGAUUCUGCUCUCUUUUCAUUGGAUCUAGCUGGGCUGGAGCACUAUCAUGGUGUUUUCAGCUUCACGCGUCAGCAGCAGUUUCGCUCUAAAUAUGCUGACAGAAGGUCAGUCUCCACUAUGAAUCUGUCCAAACACACAGAUCCAGUAAUUUCCAAACGCCUGUCAUCUUCCUCGGCCACCUUGCUGAAUUCCCCAGAUAGAGCCUUACAGAAGCGGACAUCUCUCUCCUCAUCUUGCUUGAUUAAAAAAACGCUAUCUAAAUCCCAAAUAUCCAGAGAGAAGAUCCCUCAGGACAAACCAGCAGGUACGCGUCGGAUGCCUCUUACCACAUGGGAGAAUACAAUGAUCACUCGACUACAGACACCAACACACUCCUACUUGGCCAGGAGUCGCAGCGCCAUGUCUUUGUCUGGAGAAGCAGUGACCCCCGUUUGUCCUCGCUCAGCCUCCUGUCACCCAAUGAGCUCCAUGUCCUUCAAGUCCAUCCAGUCACGCAGCGCCGAGCGACCAGUCAAAGCAGGCCUUAAUUUUGAGAGACCAAUCAGAGCAGGGUUCAUCCCUUCGGACGGCAGCUCUCGCAGAAAGACCACCCAGAAUACCCUGAUUGACAGGAAGGAUAAGGACAAUGUGAGGAAGUCAUGGAGUAACCUGUCAUAUCCCACUCCCAGUCUGAGCCUGUUCACACCCAGGAGAUCUCCCUCUCCUGUCAGUCAUCGCAGCAGGGUCACCAAUCCAUCCCCCAACAGGGGCUCCACUGCUAAACCCUCUCAGAAGACCCCAAAAAAGUCCAGGUCUCCUCCUCCCCCAGCAUCAAUUCCACUGUCUCCUAGUAACCCCUCCUUAUUGCCAGGCAAUCUCAGGCCCAACAGAGUGACAUCAGAGAGCCCGAGAGUUACCCCAGAACGAGAGGGGGGCAAAAAAGAGGACGUUGAACCUCCUAAAAUUGAACCAGAGGCUCCUGCAACUAAACCGGAGCCUUCUGCUGAAGGUUCUGGAAGUUCUCCAACAGUACGGCCCUCUGCAGGCACAACAGAUCCUGAGGAGGCGUCUCGUCUGCUUGCUGAGAAACGACGGCAGGCAAGAGAACAGAGAGAAAGAGAAGAGGAGGAGAAGAGACAGCAGGAAGAGGCUGAAAGGCGCAGCAGGGAGGAGAUGGCCCGGAGGAAGGCAGAGGAGCGAGCCAAGAGAGAGGAGGAGGCGCAGCGGCAGGCAGAAGAGAAGAAGAGACGAGAGGAGGAGGAGAAGCGAUUAGAGGAGGAGAGGACACAGAGGGAGAGAGAGGAAGCUGAACGCCUGCAAAGACAGAAAGAAGAAGAAGAGGCUCGCCAGAGAGAAGAGGCAGAGCGUUUGCGUCUGGAGAGAGAGAAACACUUCCAGAAAGAGGAGGCGGAGAGAAUGGAGAGGAAGAAGCGCCUUGAGGAAAUUAUGAAACGCACACGCCGAUCUGAUCAGAAAGCCAACCCACAGAGAAAUGGCGAUGUCAGCCAGCAGAGCGCACAGGAUUCAGUGAUUUCAGUAUCCAGCAGUCCCUCAGUGAGUGUGUCGACCCCUCAGGCUCCGGAGACCCCUGAGACCGAACGCAGUGACAGUAACGGACACUCGGACCCCAGCUUCAUCACACCCGUACUGCCCACAUCAGGUCACAGUGUGACUGCCCAACUCAGAGAAAACGGAGCCGUCACAGAAGCCUUCGAGGAGGUCAUAGAGCUUCCCAUGGCGAACAAACUGUCCCGUCAAGAUGGAGAUGGAGUGGAAGUGGAAAAUGAGGAAGAAGAGAAGAGGAAGGUUCCCAUUUUGGCUUUUAGAGAGAAUGGCAGCAUGCAUAACGUGAGUGGACUGGAGGAGGACCCGGCACAGUAAAAAUUUCUCUCAGAUAUAUGAACAUUUAUAAUUGUGCAAGUACAACCUGCAACACAGGAAAUAGAGUCAGAGGGAGACCCUUCACUGUACUUCCCUUCAUCUGACCCUUAGAUACCUAAAAAGAGAAUUUCCGAAAACGAAACGCGUCCUCGCAGCUGAGACCGGUCUCUUGGCUUCUCCUUCCUGUUAUCAGUUCCUGUCUCCCCAAACUGAAGUGGUACGCUUCCAGGAACCACAUCUUCCAUCGUUUGGGGAGUCGUGGUGACUGUGAAGGCACAUUUAGUACUUGAAGAAACGUGUCGCCGCUGUCGUGGAAGCUCCUGUGAAGUGCUAACCAUAAGGAAUGUGUGACGAGAGAAUGAUGUUUGUGUUUGCCUAGAUUUAUGGCGAAACCUCGUAGUUUUGCUCUCGUUAUGCCAGCAUUCGAGUGGCUGAACUCUCUGCUUAGUUUUAUAAUUAAUGUUCAAAUGAAGAGAACUUAUUUUCUGCCCUCUUUGUAAAGCUUGAACAGAUUUUUGCCUCUUGAAUUGCGUCUCAUUCCACUCCAACGUACGGCCCUCUGCACAGUCCGAGCGAAGCAAAGCUUUCAUCCUUGAUUUUUAGUUUCUUCCUAAUGUGGUUGGAUGAUUUGAAUCUCAUGCAACUUAUCAGGAACAUAUCCAUUAUGUAUUUAACUUAACAUUUUUCAUAUUUCGUUAAAAUUAAGCAAAUCAUGCAAAACAUUUCUAAAUUGUGAAGUUAUAUACCAUGGUAACUGUUCUACUGCCUUUAAUCAAUACUGAUUUAAAUAAAACAAAUUGUAUUUAUUUUCCCCCCAUUAGAUUUUAGUUUGAAAUGUGACCUGGAUGUGUUUUUGUGAGAUUCACCCAGCUGAUGGUUUGCUUGCCAUGUUGUUUUGUGUAGCAUUAAUCACAGACACCCGGAAGCAAUUUGUAAUAUAGAGACUUGGGUUACGUCUAUUUAAUCGGUAGAACCCAUACGAGAUAUCGAAUGUAAUCAUAACGUAAUAAAUAAGCAGAAUCUCUUUAAAUCUGAAAUGCUGCUACCGGUCUUUCCUCUGCCUUAUCAGAUGAAGUGAAGUUUUGAGGAUUUGUGUGUAGAGCUGUCGUUAAAGGGCUGAUUCGUUUUAGUUUUUUUUUUUUUUUUUUUUUGAAAAAUAGGCUCGUAACACAUGCUGUUGGUACAGUCCUGUAAGUGCUGCUGUUUCCAUCCCAGCCCUAUGAGAUACAAGUAAUCAAUAUGUCAUAGGGCUCAUGGAAAACCAAGUAUCCUAUAUAGGACAUAUUAUGAAGCGAUUUCUCUUGUGAACAACAAAAGACUAUCUCUGUUUUUGUUGUGAUCAGUAUCAGUGGAUUGUCAGUGGACACCAUGCAAAAAAAAAGAAAAAAAAAGAAGCAGGGAUCAAUUAAAUAUCUUGAAACUGUCAAUCUUGAUAUGCAAACACUAAAAAACGAUAUGUGAAUGUUGCACAAAGUCUGUUAGCAGAAUGGUGGGUGAAGGUUUAAAACGAGCACAACUUGUUUACUGAGACAGAUUUGUCAGUGAAGACUUAUUUAUAGAGCACUUAUCAUAAAGCACCCAUGUGCCCUAGACCUAAUCAACAACACUGAGUACCACUUUAAAAAAACCGAAGCGUUUUGUCCCUACCGAGUCGAUCUAUAUGCAUGUACAAAUGAUAAAAAUCAAUAAAACUUUUUAUCUGGA